GGCGAGAGAGCGAAUAGACUUGAACCGUGGCUUGUAACUCGCUCUCGCCCGACACCCUGCCUGGCUCGGGGUCCAUCGUUCACUCCGUUUUAACUUUUAAAAUCCAACCCGAACUGGCCUCCUGGAGCCGAGCGACGAGAGCACAUCGCUGCGUCCGUCUCUCGCCGCGAGCCGUUUAAAGGGAGGAGGGGGGCGGUCCACGUUGUGGAUUCGCGAAGUGGUAACAGAUUGAACCCUCGGGGUCGUUUUGUGUUCCUAGCUUUGGUGGGAGGCACAGUAGUGGGGGGGCGGCGGAGUUGAGGGGAGCUUUGUCGGUUACUUAACGGGGGAAGGGGGUCAAGCUCCUUAAUCCGACGCCACCAUGAAACUCGUUCGGUUCCUGAUGAAGAACGCGGGGCUUGUGCACCUGCCCCGGCAACUGGAGCACUACUCAAAGUUUUCUCCUUCGCCGCUCUCAAUCAAGCAGUUCAUCGACUUCGGAUCGCGAAAUGCGUGCGAGCGGACCUCGUACGUGUUCCUGCGGCAGGAGCUGCCCGUCCGGCUCGCCAACAUAAUGAAGGAGAUCAACCUUCUCCCCGACAACCUCCUGAGCACGCCCUCUGUGCAACUCGUGCAGAGCUGGUAUGUGCAGAGCUUCAUGGACAUUUUGAAAUAUGAAGGCAAAGAUCCGGAGAGUGAUGUCCUUUCAGGAUUCAUGGAGACGCUGGUGAAUAUCCGGAACCGGCACAACGACGUGGUGCCCACGGUGGCGCAGGGCGUCAUCGAGUACAAAGAGACAUACGGAGUGGACCCGGUGACCAGCCAGAAUGUGCAGUACUUCCUCGACCGCUUCUACAUGAGCCGAAUAUCCAUCCGCAUGAUCAUCAACCAGCACACGCUGCUCUUCAACGGGGGCUUGAACCCUGCCCACCCCAAGCACAUUGGCAGCAUCGACCCCAACUGCAACGCCGUUGAGGUCGUCAAAGAUGCCUUUGAAAAUGCCAAAAUGCUGUGUUACCAGUACUACCUGGGCUGCCCCGAACUGGAAGUGUCGCAGUUCAACAUACAAGGAGCAGAGGAGGAGGUGCACAUGGUCUACAUCCCAUCCCACCUCUACCACGUGCUCUUUGAGCUCUUCAAGAACUCGAUGCGGGCGACGGUGGAGCACCACGACGCUCUGGGCACUGCGUACCCGACCAUCAAAGUGAUGGUCUCUCUCGGCAAGGAGGACCUCAGCAUCAAGGUGAGCGACCGGGGCGGCGGAGUCCCGCUGCGCAAGAUCGAGCGUCUCUUCAACUACAUGUACUCGACGGCGCCGCGGCCCCACAUCGACACGGCGCGCGCCGCGCCCCUCGCCGGCUUUGGCUACGGGCUGCCUAUCUCGCGCCUCUACGCGCGAUACUUCCAGGGUGACAUUCAGCUCUACUCCAUGGAGGGCUACGGCACGGACGCCGUAAUAUACCUCAAGGCCCUGUCGAGCGAGUCGGUGGAGCGACUGCCGGUCUUCAACAAAUCCGUGUUCAAGCACUACCAGGUGAACCAGGAGGCGGACGACUGGUGCGUGCCUAGCAGCGAGCCCCGCAACCUCGCCACGUACCGCUCGUAAUCGCGAGCCGCGAGCCGAUCGUGACCCACCCGCCGAUCGUGAGCCGCCCACACGCUGCCCUGCUGCUCCUCUCUGCCACGCGCCGACGACGACCCCCUGCCUGACCCCAUCCACAGUUCUCAAUCCAGGAUUGCAAACCUGCCGAUUUUCUAAGCGCGUUGGGCUCUGAGAGGGAGUCCGGUUCUGUUUUUGUUUUCAACACACUGCAGUGAAGCAAAGCCGUACCCAUUGGUUCGCUUCGGUAGCCCCGAUGAGAGUGGUGCCAUCGGUGGAGGACCUCGCCCGCAGGCCUUAAAAUGCCCAGUGCCGUGCCUAUUCCGCCCAGAAAUGUUUGGUCGCUUUUUACUUGAAAUUGUCACUGAGUGAUGCUCUACUUACAGAUUUCCACUCCGUGUGGAAUCCAGUCGGGACGCGAUUCAAUUCAGGGGGUUUAAAAUCCAGAGACUCUUUUCCUUUUUCAAAAAAGGCAGCUGUGUUUUGCGAACCUAGGGAAGCCGAGUUCCGUCAUCGGUCAUGGCCAACAUCAGUGGUGAGCGACGCCUUAACCGGUCCUGGAGCUCCUGCCCCCUGCCUGCUCACCAUCACCAGCGCAGUGAAGUGCGAUCAAAACGAGCGCAAGGAAGGACGCGGCGCCAAAGGGGAGCAAGCUGUCAUACGGCGAUGUGGCGCUCCAGGGUGAAGUCGACGAAGCGUGCCGCUUUAAGGAUUCGUAAUAAUCAGGCAUUUACUUGUGUAGUUUUCAUCGCGUUUUUUUUUCAGGAUUACGCGUCGCGCGGCGCUGCGCUCGAGUUAUGAAACUAGUUUUAUUCAGUGUGAGCAAAUUGGAACUCAAAAGGAGUUCCGUGGAAUUGUGCCAGUAAAUAUAUAUUCCUGUACAAUGUGACUCUCAAUGGGAGUGCAACCUAGACUCACCAGACAAAGGGACUAGGAGCUCCGUUGUUAAUUUGACAUUUCUAGCUUGAUGCUGUCGUCCGCUCUGAGGCAGUCAGAUAACGACGCCUGUGCUCUGAAAAUGGUAAAGCUGCUGCCUGGCUCGGCACAAUCGCACCCACGCUAAUUGAAGCGAUACGUACAGGCUUACCGGUACGUAUCGAGUUCUCAGUGGAGAGAUGACAAACCUACGGCCCGUGGGCUGGAUGCAACCCGCUAUUUCCUAUCGUACUGCCCGUGGCUAAAAGCAUCUUAGCCGCACUGAUCAGGUACUUGCUAAUGUUAGUGCACUGCGCUACAAAUCCGGUGACUCCAGUUCAAUUCUCGCUCACGGCCAACACCAGUGACGAUUAUAUAAACCAGUCUUGGACCUCCACCAGGUCGACUUAGCCUCGAAGGAGUCCCUGGUGCAGUAUGCAAACAAUCGCCACUCGGGAGACGAAGGCGGCCGGGCGUGGUGCUGGCCACCCACCUCCUUCGUGUGCCAUGCGCAACUUCGUAGGUGCUCGCUCACAGGACUUGCCCCAAAAGUCUGUUGUUUGUAUUUUGUUAACAUGCGGCCGCAAAAUAUAUAUAUAUUUUAAAAGGCUUCCUGGCCCUGCUCUUGCAGCUCCUGCUUGAGUGUGAUGUUGCCGGGUCGCCAGCCCAAUGAAUGAAUGCCCUCAUGCUGAGAGGGCUGCGCAAGGUGCAAUGUCAAGCCACGCUCGGGUUACCAAGAGACGCCGCAGAGUUAGUGACUGAACCCAGGAGGCAUGUGCAUCUCUCGAGACACGGUCAAUGUCUCCUGUGAACUUGUAAACUGGACUGUUAAAGGUGUUUUUUAUUUCAGUGGUACAUUUCUGCUCGAAGUUGUCCUUCCACGUUUGGGCCGUGUCACCGUUUCUCGUCAAUGACAUGACUACGAUUAUCUAUCUCUAAACCGCUUAGGGAAGUGAGGGUGCCACUGUUUAUAUCGAGGAGCAAUAAGGUAUUUUUGAAUCUUCACUUGCUUUGGAUUUUUUUUGGGACAAGCUCGGUUGCUGCCCGUGUCACCGUCAUCAGUUGCUAAGCGAGGCCACGAAGAAGUUUGGAGAUCGGGACACCACCUGGGCUUCCCAGUUUCUUUCGACAAACUUCACACUACAGCCGCAUACGAAAAAUGCUUUGAAACUACAUUCGAGCAAUUGUUGUACGGUAGUCGUCGCAGGCAAUUAGUUUGCUGCACAUUUUCUUUUUUUUCUGCUCGGUUACUCCAUGGCAAGGUUGGUGGCGGGCCACCCAAUUAAAUGAGGCACGUGCCACUGACGUCAUAGUGUUACUCGUACAGAAAAUGACGUCAUAGUGUCACCCGUACAGACAAUGACGUCACAGCACCACGGGUACAGACAUUGACGUAAACAGCUGGAGGGGAGUUGCUAGUUGAAGAGCCACACUCGAUUCCAGUUCCAUACAAGUUGCCAAAGGCGGCUGUAGUAAAUCCAUUGUGAGUUAAAAUUGCCGAUGAUAAAAUUGUCACCCCUGAUGUAUCUGGACGUAACGGCCCGUCGCAUUUGGUUGAUAUUUGAAAUCCACGUGGCCUUCAUCCAAAAGUGUGUCCUUUCUCUGUGAGAAAUAGCGGACGCCCCUUCGAAUGGUUUCACUUGAGUUUGGAUUUUAAGUUUGAAUUUUAUUUGCCGUGAUGUAGAGAAGCCACAUAUGAUGGGCAGUGGAGCGAGCGGGGCGAGUGGUCUUAGCCUCGGGUAGUCGUCCGUCGAUGCCCUUUGACCCUAGAAUGUCGGAACAGCAGCAGGAAAGGGGCGAUCCACCGGGGAAAAAAUAAGCUGCUACAUCCGUUUGAAAGAUGAGGAUGUGCAGGAUUCCGGAUCAAUGAUUGGUUUUCAUUGUUUGUGAAAAUUUCUCGAACGUUUUCUAAGACUUCAGUGGUGGCAGUAAGUUGAGAAAUGGUUUUUAAUUCAAAGAGGUUUUUAUGUAAACAUUUCAUGUGCUUACAUUAUGCACAGGAAUGUGCACUCGAAUAUUUUUACAGCAACCGGGUAAAAAAAACAAUAGUUGUUUUGUUUAAAAAAUAAAUGCAAUUAAAUAAAAAUCUAUUGUAAUUUGUAAAUAAUAAAAAUGUAAUUCUAGAGUGUGAAAAUAUAUAUGCACGCUUCAGCGGGUGCGCUGGAACACGUUUAAUUCAGUACAUAUGUAUUCAAACCGUGAUGAUAUCGCAACAACCAAUGGCUUGUUGUUUGCUCGGGGUAUAAGGAUACCGGAGCCAUAAGCUAAAGCAUCGAAUCGUGCAUGUAGCAAUCGGCAUGUGCUUCCGAUGCUGUGCGUAAUGUGCUCACCCCCUUCCAGCCACCAGAUGCUGCUCCAUUCACGAAAAUGUAUUUAAAAACAUCGUCAAAAUCCAUAUUUAAUUUGACCGAGUCGCGCCAAUUCACCGCAUCACGAGGAAGGGUUGGUGGGUGAGUUAGUUGCGGGGGGGGGUGAUCCGUUACAUUUCUGUUGACCUUUGGGACUUCAUGCCAGUAUGUUGUGAUUGUUGGACUGCCGUGCUCUGACCUCUCUGUACAUAUGAUUACGUGUGCUUGGAGUUUUAAACUGCGUCGCUAUUCAUAGGGCAUGCGUAACGUUCAAUACGAAUACAAUCCUGUUAUUCAUGUGUAUGUGUUUGAAAACUCUCAUAGCUCACCACGUGACUUGUGACAUUAACGUAUUGUCCAUCAAUAAUAAAAGCAUUGUUUUUGCACCCACUUGA